AUGCGUGUCGCCCUCAUCAAGGCCAGAGCAGAGUCGCGUCGGCCUCGAUUCAGCCAGGUGGAGCCGGGAGUGGGUGCCACCACUGAGACAGAGCUCAAGGACAAGAAGCUGAGACUCGAGGAUGCCAUCAACGCCACCAAGGCGGCAGUGGAUGAGGGCAUCGUGCCGGGGGGCGGCGCCUGCUUGUGCCACAUGUCCAAGUCCGUGCGGGAGUGGGCAAUGGAGAACCUCAGCGAGGACGAGCUGAAGGGGGCGCUGAUCGUGGCUGAGUCCAUGUCCGCUCCCAUGAAGCGCAUCGCGGCGAACGCAGGGCAGAACGGCGACCUGGUGGCGGAGAAGGUGAUGGCCGCGGAGUCCACAACCCAAGGCUUUGAUGCGCUGAUGCUGGAGUAUGGUGACAUGCUGGAGUGUGGCAUCAUUGAUCCAGCCAAGGUGGCCCGUUCCGCGCUGCAGAACGCCAGCUCCAUCGCCUCCAUGAUCCUCACCACAGAGUGCGUGGUCGUGGAUGCGGAUAGCAAGGAGGACGACGAUGAUGACGCCAGCUUGGACUCCUUCGAGUUGGUGGACACCGCGCUGGUGACGGAGGAAAAGGAGGUAGCGGCCAAGGAAUCUCAACGCCUGCGACUCAAAGAAGCUGAGGCCCGCCUGGCCUUGCAGCUGCCACGCUUGGACUUAGAGGCACAACCCAGCGACCUCCGUGAGAAGAUGUCGCGGCUUUCGGACAGCAUUGCAAGCUUGCGCUGUCUCGGGAGGUCACCCCACCUUCAAUCAAGCGCGGAGCGUGGUGUCUAA